UCCCAAGAAGGGGCACACUACAGGAUCUUAUCCCCCCUUCCAAGUAAACGCCAAGCGGAAUCUUCACCAGGUCCAGGGGCAAGCAACGCACAUCCUCCCUCCUUCCCAUGUCCAUCUCACCUCUUGCAUCUUCCGCGUCCGAAUCGUCUCCGUCGAUCGCCUCAAACAAUCAGUACGUUUGCUCUUCCAAUAGAAGACCCGGAGGUGUCACCGUGUCACUCGGCAUAAGCGUACUCCAGCACAGCCUCCCAGAGAAGCGGUACCUGAGAUUCCGAGGCGGCGAUCCCGGCCAUCUCUCUCCUGCAUCCGAAGCGGGAAAAGAAGCAAGAUCUGCUUGUCGGCCACGACGGCCCCAGGUCUCAUCCAAUCAAAGUACGGAAGGACUCUGGAGCUCCGUCGCUCCAAACCGUAGCCUCGAGGACAAUCAAAGCCCAUCGUCUUUGAAAACUCUGAGAGCUCAGGUGCUUUUGCGACUCAUUCCCUCAUCUUUGUUUGAAUGUUCUAGUGCAUACAUCCUUCACAUGAUUUUGUUGCACCACAGACGGCAGGCAAUUCAACAUGCAUCCCUCAUUUCUGAUUAAUACUUGAGUUCCUUUUACGGUCCAUCGCCUGAGAAAAGCUCUAGAUCCCCUUGGCAGGUUCAGGUUUUUAGGUCGAUCCCCAAUUACC